CUAGCAUCAUAUCACAGCAUGUGGAGGUUUUAGAUGACGAACGGACCCCAGCUUUUACUUCACUUACUGGGUAGCAAGUAGCAACUACAACUACCAAGGGUUUUGAGCCCUUUGACUCGCACUUCUCCUUCGUUUUUAUUUUCUCUCUCUACGACUAUAACCUAUCAGUUCUCUCUCUCUCUCUCUCGUCAAAUUUGAACUCUUUUCCGACAAAAUUUUCAUCCAAAAUACGUUCGGAGAUAUCAAGAGAAACCCAUAAUUUGCAUCCUACUCCCAGUAAAUUUUCAGGAAAAACCAUAUUUCCAUUGAGUUUCAUUUUCUCUUUUGUUUGUUUUAAUAAUUGCAGAGUUAUCUCUGGGACCUUCUUCGUCCUCUUUUUUUUAGUCAGUGAUGUCUUCGUUGAUUAUGUAGUCUGUAGUCUUCUACACCCAGAAAACCCUAGUUUUAAUAACCAAUUUGUGCUCCAAACAAUACCCAAAGACGUAUUUAUCAUCUGCAACUGUUUUUCUUUUACUUUUCUUAUUUUCUUUUCCGUAGUGUAGAAAGUUUGAUUGAUUAACUGAUCUGUUUCCAUUUAUCUGUAUCUACCUUUCUCGUUCAGCUCUUCGUUCCUGUAUCCUUUGUACAGAUAUAAAACAAUUUCAGUUCAAUUUUCGAAAUUGUACUUUUUCCUAGUCUCAAGAUCUGUAUCUGGUUAUCUGCAGUGGCCAUGUUUUGACUUUUCGCCUCAAUAACUUUUUUCUUCUGCGCAAUUCUAGUUGCUGCUAAGCUUACUCUUUUUUUUUUCCUUAUAAUAUUCUUCUCAGCUACUGGGGAUAUCCAUUUCAUUGCUUUUCAUUAGAUACCAACUCAUAUAUGCUGCAGUCACCCACUAGAGGCUCAUGAACUGUAGAUCCCCUUCUUUGUUCUGGUGAGUACUCUCGAUUGUAUAUCGAUAUAUUCUGUUGAUUUCUUGUGUUUGCGACCUUGAGUAGGAAAAACUCGUAUUGCUUCGGAGCUCAACCUUUUUGGAUGCUCAUUACCACCUUUGGAGGCUUUUCUCUGGCUUCUAAGAAGGGAUAAACGAGAGAAGACUUAAUUUGCGAAAAGACUACAGUUCUUUCAUGUUCUCAUCAAAAUCAGCUUCUUAAUCUCUGAUAACAUGCUGGAUUCAUAGACAUCGAUGUCGAUCGUCUGCGGUCUCCCCAUUCUUGAAUGCGUCUACUGCCUGGCCUGUGCUCGCUGGGCAUGGAAGCGAUGCCUCCACACUGCGGGCCAUGACAGUGAAAACUGGGGCCUUGCGACCGCUGAGGAAUUUGAAUCUGUUCCCCGCCUCUGCCGCCUAAUUCUCGCCGUCUAUGAGGAGGACCUCCGACACCCUCUUUGGGCUCCCCCUGGUGGGUAUGGAAUCAAUGCUGACUGGGUGAUUGUGCGGAGAACUUAUGAAGACACCUAUGGCCGGGCUCCUCCGUAUAUAAUCUACGUUGAUCAUGAUAAUGCCGAUAUAGUCCUGGCCUUUAGAGGCCUUAAUUUGGCGAAGGAAUCUGAUUAUGCAGUUCUGCUUGAUAACAAGCUUGGACAGAGGAAAUUUGAUGGUGGCUAUGUCCAUAAUGGGCUCUUGAAGGCAGCUGGGUGUGUACUGGAUGCAGAGUGUGAGCUUCUAAGACAGCUGGUUGAGAAGUAUCCCAACUAUAAAUUGACGUUCACUGGACAUUCACUUGGGUCAGGGGUUGCGGCAUUGUUGACGAUGGUGGUGGUGCAGAAUCGGGACAGACUUGGGGACAUAGACAGGAAGAGGAUCAAAUGCUAUGCAAUUGCACCUGCGAGGUGUAUGUCACUUAAUUUGGCUGUGAGAUAUGCAGAUGUCAUCAACUCUGUUGUACUCCAGGAUGAUUUCUUGCCACGGACAGCCACACCCUUGGAAGACAUUUUCAAGUCACUUUUCUGUUUGCCAUGCUUGCUGUGCCUAAGAUGCAUGAGAGAUACAUGCAUUCCGGAAGAAAAGAUGAUUAAAGAUCCAAGGCGUCUGUAUGCACCUGGUCGCCUCUACCACAUUGUUGAGAGGAAGAUCUUCAGGUUGGGAAGAUUUCCCCCAGUUGUGAGAACGGCGGUGCCAGUAGAUGGAAGAUUUGAGCACAUAGUCCUCUCUUGCAAUGCUACUUCAGACCAUGCAAUCAUUUGGAUAGAGAGAGAAGCUCAAAGGGCUCUGGAUUUAAUGAUAGAGAAAGAUCGAAUUAUGGAGAUUCCAGCAAAGCAGAGGAUGGAGCGCCGGGAGACUCUUGCAAGAGAGCACACUGAGGAGUACAAGGCAGCAUUACAGCGGGCAGUCAAGUUGGCCGUCCCUCAUGCUUACUCCCCUUCUCCUUAUGGAACAUUUGAUGAGCAGGAAAAUUCCAGUGGCACAACCAAGCAAGCUUCUUCAUUAGUUUCAUCGGGUCCGUCUAAGAAAAGCAGGACAAGGGAAAGCUGGGAUGAAUUAAUUGAGCGUCUUUUUGAGAAGGAUGACACUGGGCAGAUGGUGCUCAAGAAGUCACAAAGUGAUGGCUCUUGAUGUGUUUUAUUACAAAGGAAAAAGCAUUUGGGGAAUCAGCAUUCAUUCAUUCAUUCAUUCAUUUUUUGAGGCCUGUUGAUUAUGUUUUAUUACUAUUAGUGCCAAAGAAAUAAAAGAACUUGUUGGUCGCUUGCAUGUAAAAGUAGAUAUCUUUUCCACAAGGGAACCGAAGAGGAUGAAAUUUCUAUA